AUGGCCGUUCUCAAGAACAUCGUCCUUGCGGCCUCGCUGCUCGCUCCCGCUGUUGUGGCCAUCCCAAUGAUGGACAUGGACAAGCGCGCCAUCUACACUCACACCGAAACCGCCAUUGCUUGGGUCACCGUCGAAGAGACCACCACAGUCUGGGUUGAGCCUGCUGCUGCAACUCCCCCCCCGCCACCAGCUGCCACCACCACCAGCACUGUCCCAGCAGCCAUCUUCGCUCAGACCUCUUACAUUCCUUCGACUUUCACAACCCAGCCUGCCCCGGUCCCCACCACUCCGUCUGUUCCCGACGUUCCUGCUGUGGCUCCCGCUCCCGCUGCAUCAGCUCCGGUGGUCUCCUCUGCUGCCCCGGCUGCCUCAUCGUCCGUCCCAGUUCAGCCCAAGGACACUGCCGGCUCUACUACGGGUACCUGUGAAGGCUCCGGCGCCACCUGUGUUGGUGACGUGACCCAUUGGGAUGGUGGCCUUGGUGCCUGUGGAUGGAACGUCGACACCAACAGCCAAAUGGCCAUUGCUCUGCCACAUGCUUUCAUGGGCACUCAAUCCAACGGCAACCCUUAUUGUGGUCGAUCGGUCACUCUUGUCAACCCCACCUCUGGCACCACAGUGCAAGCCACUGUCGGCGACAAGUGUAUGGGGUGCGAGGGUAGAUCGAUCGACUGUACCGAUGCGCUGUUCAACGCCAUCACUGACGGAAAGGGUGAUGGUCGUCUCAGCGGCAUCCAGUGGUAUUUCUCCUAG